UUGGUAAACACCAGGGUCAAAUUUAAACUCCAAUAUAAUAGUUUAUAAUCGGAUGUUAUUCUUGUUGGUUAUAUAAGCGGACAUUGUAAUUUCAAACUUUAUUGAAAAAUGAAAUUUCUUCUAUUUAUACUGGUUAUCAUUGAUAACUUGAAUGUGGUUCUUGCAAACAAUGAUAAUUGCGGAUUAAAUGAUCUGAAUGCGUUAAUGGUACGUCUGCGUCAACUUCGAACAGACUUUAACGCCUUGAAAACCCAGCACACUGAACAGAUAGCAGUUCUCAAGGAAGAGAUCAAUAAUAAAUCUUUAGAAAUAAAACUUAUCAACGAAGAAAACAGAAAACAAGAAGCAGAACUUGAAGAACUAAGACAAGAUGUCAACAAUACAUUAUUAGAAAUAGCGGAAAUAUCUAAAGAUAUAGAAAUGAUCAAAGAUAUAGACGAUUGCAGUCCAAACCAAUGUCAGAACGGGGCAACGUGUGUUGAUGGAGUUACUUCUUACACAUGUUCAUGUGAAGCUGGAUACAACGGAACUUUAUGUGAAAUAGAUAUUGACGAGUGCAAUCCUAAUCCAUGUCAGACCGGGGCAACAUGUACAGACGGCGUUGACUCUUAUACGUGCACGUGUGUCGCCGGAUAUACAGGAACUAAUUGUGAGACAAAAUAUUGCCCAGCCAAUCGGUACUUGUUCCUAGGAAGCUGCUAUUACAAAAGUACAAAAGCUCUCAAAUGGCUUGAAGCUGAGGAAGACUGUAUCGAUUUGGGAGGACACCUGGUAGAGAUCACAAGUGAGCAAGAGAAUGACUUCAUACAGUCGAUUUUAAGCGUAGGAAAGAGAUUUUGGAUUGGAUUGAAUGAUAGAGUGACUGAAUCUGACUUUGUCUGGGUAUCAAGUGGAAGUAAGGCGUCUAGCGUGUACACGCAUUGGUUUAGGGGAGAGCCAAAUAACGUGAAUGGUACUGAGGAUUGUGUGGAGAUAUAUACCACGGGAGAUUGGAACGACAGGGAUUGCUCAGAAGUCUCGCACUACAUUUGUGAAAAGGCAAGCAUGUGUAUGUAAUUUUUAUUAAUUUUA